AUGGGUAUCGAAUUGGAUCAAGCUAGCCUGCAAAAGGCUUUCCAAUCUCGUCCAGAUAUACAGAACGCCAUAGCGGCAGCAUCACAAGCUGGUCCAGAAUAUAUCGAGCUAUUCAAUCAAAUUUCCCUAUAUGUCUGCGAGACAAUAACUCAGCAAGCAUCAGAACCAGCUUCAAAGAAACGUCGCAUAGAUGAGAGCCUCGCAAGUCGAAGUAUCCCGAAUAGCACAAAUGGUACAUCAAACAGCGUUGGAAGCGCGCCUGCUACUGGAGAAGAUCCAGUCUUGCUUGAGAUCAAAGAAAUCUCGGUGGUAAUACCGCAGCGCAAGAAAUAUAACCUCUGUUUCACAUCAACACAUCUCUAUGCACGAUUGCCGACCUCUGAGGAACCUGCGUCUGGCAUAAGCUAUGCCUGGAAGGACAUUGAAUAUAUAUUUUGCCUACCAGUCCCAGAGAAAACGCAAAAACAAUACAAUUACAUACUCUUCCCCAAGAACUCUAUUAUAUCACCCUCAAAACCUUCAGCAUCUGCACAGCCCGUACCUGAGCCAUUAGUUUUUACCAUCACCGAUGGAGCGCCAAAAUCAGGGACUAUUGCUGGAACAGAUAGUUCAGCAGCUUCAGCUGUCUCCGAUGACUACAAAACACUUUUUAACUGGGCUAUUACCGCCCGGUUGAAGGCCGUCGGUAAUGUCCUCAAGAUCACUGAAUCAGACCCUAAGCUUUUUGCGAGUACAGUCAAGCAAAGUCAUCGACCAAGCGAGAAAGCAGUGCAUGUCAAAGCAUUCAGAGGAUCUAAAGACGGUUACUUGUUUUUUCUACCUACUGGAAUUCUAUGGGGAUAUAAAAAGCCAUUAUUAUUCUUACCACACAACCGCAUUGCUGCACUAUCCUUCACAAAUGUCUUACAGCGUACCUUUAAUCUUUCACUCGACAUUGAUAUGUCAGUCUCAGGCGGCGAAGACACUACCGAGGAGAUGGAAUUUCAAAUGAUAGAUCAAGAAGAUUUCACUGGCAUAAAUGAGUAUGUACAGAGAUAUGGAUUGCAAGAUAAGAGUAUGGCCGAACAGCGUAAGGCCAAGCGAUUGAAUGUGAAUGUGAUGAAGGAUGAAGAAGGAAACGUUGUAGGAAAUGCGGAAGCGGGAGAGCUGGAAAGGGCAGCGCAAGAAGCGGAACAGGCAGCGAUGGACGAGGAAGAUGAGGAUGAGGAAGAUUAUGAUCCAGGGAGCGAGGGUGAGAGCGAAGGGAGUGGCACAAGCGAUAGUGAAGAGGACGAUGAUGAAAAUGGAGAGGGUGGAGGUGCUGGGGACGAUGACGAUGAUGAGGGUGGGGAGGAGGAAGAGUUGUAG